UCUCGCGAAGACGCGGAAGUAGCUGUUUCUCGUGGAGCUGUCAUCUUUGUUGUUAGUCUUUUUUUCGGCUGUAUAAGUUAGUAACAUUCACUUUUUUAAGGGAUGGCUGCCCCACCUCAGCUAAAAGCGAUCCACCAUCAUUUAAGAACGGCGCAGGAGCACGAAGGAAGAGACCCCGUAGUCGCCUAUUACUGUCGACUUUAUGCCAUGCAGACGGGAAUGAAAAUAGAUAGCAAAACACCAGAGUGCCGAAAGUUUCUUGUGAAACUAAUGGAUCAAUUGGAAAUGAUGAAGAACGAGCUCAGCGACAACGAGUCCAUCUCGCAAGAAGUAGUUGGCAAUGCCCACAUCGAGAAUUACGCCCUGAAAAUGUUCCUCUAUGCAGAUAAUGAAGACCGAUCAGGACGUUUCCAGAAAAACAUGAUCAAGUCCUUCUACACUGCAGGCCUUCUGUUUGACGUGUUGAGUGUCUUUGGUGAAUUAACAGACGAGAACAUCCAGCACAGGAAGUAUGCGAAGUGGAAGGCAGCAUACAUCCACAACUGUCUGAAGAAUGGCGAGACUCCACAGGCUGGUCCUAUUGGAUUGGAGGGGGAAGCAUAUGAUGAUGAAUUUGGCGCAGAGGGCGGUGGGCCGUCACAAUCUCCUCAGGGUCCACCCCAUUCCCAGCCUUCUUUCCAUGGCCAUCCAACAAACCAACCCUCAUCAUCCAACUUCAAUAACAUUCAGAUACCCCCUGGGUCACACGCUCCGGCCAAUACACCUGCAGAGAUUCCUCCUCCAGAAGCACAGCCCAUCAAACCAGUUCCUGUUCCACGAGCCAUGCCAGUGGUUGAUCCUUCGCUCCUAAACAAUACCCAGGAAGGUGACGUACGGCUUACAGCAGAGGACUUUACCCGAGCACAGAAAUACUGUAAAUACGCAGGCAGCGCACUGCAGUACGAGGAUGUGGGCACUGCCGUCCAGAAUCUGCAGAAGGCCCUCAAGCUACUAACCACUGGCAAAGAAUGAGACCAUUGUGUGUACCCCCAAAGCCACUUUAUCAGCGAUCUGGCCCGCUGGAACUGAAAAAGGGCCAUUUCCCCAUAACCUCAGCUGUUUCAAAAAGAGACACUCCACAGCACACUCCCACAUCACUCAAUACAACAUCUGUUUCUGUCAUAUCGAAUGUCAAUAGAUGCUCAUUACUAGGCUGGUGAGAUAAAGAUGCCAAACUGAGAAAAAUCAGGUGCAUAUGUGAAAGACCCUUUCAAAUUCUGAAGAGUGCAUACAUAUUCAUGGUUUGGGGUAUUUUUAAAUGUUUCUGACUUAAACAGGUUUGGUUAGACAUGCAUGGGUAUAGGUGCACGUCUACGGAUAUCUCCGUAAAAACAACUCUUGUUUCACAGCUCACACAUGAGCGUUAUGCAGAGACAUUUCUCCCCCUUCACUGUCUUUGUAUAUGAUUCGGGUGGAAGAAUUUCAGUUAGUUUAUGUAUUAACCCCACUUUUUGCCGUAAACUAGGAUUGUAAUCAACAAUAAAUCUUCUGUUAUCAUGUG